AUGGCAUUUGCACCUCCUAAAAACAUGGAUGGCCCAAAGCUACAAACCAAAAUGAGCACAUGGACCCCCCUGAACCAUCAACUCAUGAAUGACAAGGUAUUCGAAGAAAGAAGAGCCCUGCUUGGAAAAUGGUUUGACAAGUGGACAGAUGCUCAGAGGCGGAGGAUUCUGGGGGACUUGCUGGAGCGCUGCUCCCUGUCACAGCAGAAAUUCUGCGCCAAGCAUCUCCAGGACCGAGUUCCCACCGAAGCGCUGGAUUUUACCACACAGCUCCCUCGAGUGCUGUCUUUAUAUAUCUUUUCUUUCCUGGAUCCACGGAGUCUCUGUCGAUGUGCGCAGGUGAGCUGGCACUGGAAGUACCUGUCAGAACUGGAUCAGCUCUGGAUGCUGAAGUGCCUGCGUUUUGGCUGGUACAUCAACUUCUCUCCAACUCCCUUUGAGCAAGGAAUCUGGAAGAAACAUUACAUUGAGAUGGUAAAAGAGCUGCGUGUUACAAGACCAAAGACCCCACCAAAGGAUGAGUUUGUAGUUAUUGAUGUGCAGCCAUUAAGGAGCAAUGUCCCAGAAGCAAAACUUUCUCUUUCAUCAGUGUUGCGAUCAGCUUCUGUGCUAGGAAAGAGGAGAGACAAAGAGAAGAAAGAACUCCCACCAUGGCGUUCUUCAGACAGACACCCUACAGACACCAUCCGAUUCAACUACCUCGACAACUAUGAUCCCAUUGAACAGGCUAGGCAGGCGAGAAAGAAAGGAGGAGGGGAGACCCCAGACCUUAGCCGGCAGGCAGCUGAGAAAAAAAAGAAACCAGCCCGUGGACCUUAUAAGCUCCGGAAGGCAAAAUCACUGCUGUCACUUUCAACAGGUCUUGAGUCUGUUCCAAAAACACCAGUUCGUCCCAGUUGGGCCACUCAUCAGUCAACUGGAAACCUGCUCACCAAAGCAGCAGUGAAGACUCUGGUCCAAAGCCCCCAGUGGAAUGCUGGGAUAAGACCAACGCCUGUUCAAGCUCCAGUGCCAAAGCGACAUGAAAGAGGAAAAAAAAGCUUCACAAGGAUGGAAACCAGAUGUCCGUCAUCUCCACUGUUUGAGGCUCAGCCAUGGUGCAUUCCUCCAUCAAACCAAGGAUCUGAUAUAGAGUAA